AUGCAGAACUACAUCUGGGCUCUGCUAGGCCUGGCCUUGGUGCCUCAAGCCCUGGCAGCCGACACUCUAUCCACGAGCGGAUUCAACCUGUGCAUGACCAAUUCGGCAAUUAAUGUCCAAAAGAUGGAUGUUACCUACACUCGUUCCACUGGAAUAGUUGUCUUCGACGUGGCUGGUACCAACGCGAUGGAACAGAAGGUGCGGGCGGCCAUCACCGUCACUGCCUACGGUAACGAAAUCUACAAGAAAGAAUUUGAUCCCUGCGGCGACGAGAUUCAUGUCGACCAACUCUGUCCCGUCCCCAAGGGUACUUUCAAGGCCAGCGGAUCCAUGGAGGUUCCGUCCGAAUAUGCUAGCCAGAUCCCUGGUAUCGCAUUCAAAAUUCCCGACUUGGAUGGCCAGGCAAAGCUUGUCCUGAAAUCCAAGGAAGACCAGAAAAACGUGGCGUGUAUUCAGUCACAACUAUCCAAUGGCCACACCGCCGACGUCGGUGCGGUUAAAUACGUCUCGGCUGGAAUUGCGGCAGGCGCUCUAGCACUGAGCGGUGUCUCUGCCCUCGGCUCGGCGGGUUCUGUUGGAUCACCGUCCUCCAGCCCUGGAUUUGGCGAUGUGAUGGGCUGGUUCCAUUCCAUGGCCACCAAUGGCAUGCUCAGUGUUGCUUACCCACCUGUCUAUCGCAGCUUCUCCUCAAACUUCAUGUGGAGUACUGGUUUGAUCCCAUGGGCUGGCAUGCAACAGUCUAUCGACAAAUUCCGGGAGGCCACUGGCGGCAACUUGACCACGGAAAGCUACGAGUACUUAAAGAACUCCUCUGUCACGCACAGUAGCUCAGCAUCCACCAACACAACGAAACGGAGCUGGGAUUACACAAUCGAAUUCGGGCAGAUGGUCCCUCGCUCGGUUGAGGCAUCCGCCGAUCCCAAUGUUUCCGAUAGCUCCUCGGAUAGUGACGAAAGUGACUCUUCGAGCACGGUUAGCGACCUGAAGGAACUCGCUCAGGAACUGAUGGUUCCUUCCGCCAACAUCUUCAUGACUGUUCUCUUGAUAUUUGCCAUCGUCAUUGCCGUGGUGGUCGUUGGUAUUCUUUUACUGAAGGUUGUUCUGGAACUGUGGGCGCUGUAUGGCAACUUCCCAAACAAACUCUCUGACUUCCGGAAAGAUUAUUGGGGCUUGAUGGCGCGGACAAUUACCAACAUGAUUCUCGUGCUUUACAGUAUCUGGGUGCUAUACUGUGUCUACCAACUACGAAAGGGUGACUCGUGGGCAGCAAAGACGCUGGCCGCCAUAACCCUCUCUAUCUUCACAGCGGUUCUUCUUUUCUUUGCCAUUCGCAUUGUAUACAUGGCUCGUAAGUACAAGAAGACCGAAGGAGAUGCUUCCAGCUUGUACGAGGACAAGGAAACCUGGAAAAAAUACAGUUUGUUUUAUGACAACUACAAGAAGGACUUCUGGUGGCUCUUCAUCCCCGUCAUUGUGUACGCAUUGGUCAAAGGCUGCAUCAUUGCUGGUGGUGAGGGUCACGGUUUGUUCCAAAGUGCCGGCCAGCUCGCUUGCGAAAUCCUUCUGUUGGGACUCUUGGUAUGGAGUCGCCCAUAUGCCACCAAGGCAUCGAUGGGAAUCAAUAUCGCCGUCCAGGUCGUUCGUGUUCUGUCCAUCGUUUGCGUCCUGGUCUUCGUCGAAGAACUUGGUCUUUCCCAAACAACAAAGACCGUCACUGGCAUUGUCCUCAUAGUCGUGCAGUCCACCCUCACUGCAGUCCUCGCUAUCCUCAUUGCAGUCAACGCCAUCAUCAAUUGCUGCCGUGAGAACCCGCAUGCUAAGCGGAGAAGAGAAGCUGAAAAAGCGAACCGCGACCUUGACGACCUAACUCCUUUGGAUGCCCGGGACUCCCUCCUUAUGGACCACCCGCAACGCAAGGAUUACGCUGAGAUGAGCAACUUCAAUUUCAACGGCCCAUACGAGUCUUACCGAGAUGAACCCAAGCGAGCCGGACCAACUGGUAGCGACGAACGCGCUGGUUUAGUCCACAAUGACUACGGUGUGGCGUACGGGCGCAGUGCAAGUCCCGACAGCCACCACUCGCGAAGCUCUCUUGAAGGCCGCCGUCCUGCAGCUCCGGGCUACGGGAUGGCAUAUUAA